AGCCCCCGGCCCCGAGCGGCCCCCGACGGGAGAACGAUGCUCCCAUCCCAUGGAUGCUCUGUGCAGCCCCGGAUCCCAGCCCACAGAUGCUUCCUGCAUCCCCGUGUCCUUUCCCGUGGAUGCUCCCCACAUCUGCACAUCCCAUCCCAUGAAUGCCUGCUCCAUCCCCGUAUCCCAUCCCAUGGGCGUUCCCUGUGCCACUGCAUCCCGUCCUGCAGAAGUGCCUUUUACAGGGCAGCCCAGAGCCCGGUGCCCAGCUGGGCUGGCAGCCCACAGCAGCAUUCCCAGAGCGCUGCCAGGGCUGUCCCCCUGGCCAGCUCCUGUCCUUGGAGCCCAUUGACAGUCAGGACACAGCCCUGGCUCACUGUGGGAGCCAGAGCUCAGCCGGGCAGGACAAUGCCUGGCCACCCCAAUGUGGAUGUGCAUGGACUCCAAAAACCCCUGCCCUGCCCAGGGCCACCCAAAGCUGCAGAACAUCCCCCGAGCAUCACCCUUUGAGCAUCACCCUGUGAGCAUCACCCUGGCUCACUGACCCUUGCACCACAGCGUGCCACCCCACUGUGCCACCCACGCCAUGCCCUGGCACUGCUGGCACAGGCAGCUGGUGCUGGGGACACCCACGUGGGGUGCAAACACCACAGCACUGCCUGCCUGGGACAGCAGAGCUGGUGGGGGACAUCACUGGCCCAUGGGAAGGGUUCCUGCCUGGCACUGUCCCAGUGUCCAGCUGGCCGAGGGUGCUGGCCCAGUGCCACAGGGGCUGCCCCUGCCCAGCUGUCGCUGUCUGUGACGCUCUGUGACGGUCCUGCUCGGCUCAGCCCGGCCACCAGCACCCAGUGCUUGCAGCGCCUGCAGUCCCCACGCAUGGACCUGUGCCACGUCCCUGCCACCCGUGAGAAGGGCUGGUACCUGGCACUGAUGGCCCCCAACGUUAAGGGUCCCAACUAUGCCUGGCUGGACCCCUCCCGGCUCUACUGCCACCCGCAAGGCUUGCAGGACUGCGUGGCCGACCUGCUGCAGCCUUUCCAGGGAGAUUCCAUCGACAUGGUGGCCGGCAUCGACGCCAUGGGCUUCAUCCUGGGCGCUGCAGCAGCUGCCACGCUGCAGAAAGGCUUCCUGGCCAUCCGCAAAGCCGGGCACCUCUGUGUGCAGACAGCGGCACAGCCCUACACCGACUACUCGGGCCGGGAGAAGGUGAUGGAGGUCCGCACCGAUGCCAUCUUGCCGGGUCUGCGCAUCCUUCUCGUGGAUCAGUGGGUUGAAACUGGGGGCACCAUGAGAGCGGCCAUCGAGCUGGUGGAGCGGCUGGGCGGGGUCGUGGCAGGUGUCGCUGCCAUCUGCAUGGAGAACAGCGAGGGAGGGAAGUGGAUCCAGGAGCGCUACAAGUGCUCCCACUGUGUCCCCCCCAGCCUGCAGCCACACUUUGACCAGCACAAGUUUGGCUGGGCCUGAUGUGUGACUGGCACCUCGUGUGUCCCCUGCAGCUCCCUGAGGGACACAGGGCUGCUGGCUCUGCAGGAUAGGGAUGCUCCUUGGUGGAAGAAGGAACCCGUACUCAGUGGCAGCCAUCCAUCCUCCUGCUUGCCUAUGAGCCUGGGGACUGCACCCAGGGACAGGGAAACCCACAAGCAGCCCCAUGCCUUUCUUACAAAGCAUAAAAAAGGUUUAAUUAAGACAAAA